UCAUGUGUUAAAAAAGUUACACUCCACUUGUCACUAGUGGUACGUGGAAGAAAAUUGCUCACGUGUCAUUUCUUACCUACACGGAGACCCAAAAUUUCCCCCCAACUUUUUAAUUCUCUUCCUUCAUCUUAAGCUGUAAUCCAACGGCCUAUAUUCCAUCACUGAAGUUGCGUACUCUUCUUCCUUUAUAUACAGUUUCUUUCCUCGUUACUAGCACUCUCUCUCUCUCUCUAAAGUUUCAGCUCUGUAUUUUGGAACCUUCACCGGAAAAAAAAAUAAAAAUAUUUUAGAAAAACCAUGGCGAUGUAUUCUUCUUCUUCGAGCUCAAGCAACAAUUGGUCGCUUUCACUCAAAGUAGUCCUGAUUUCAAUAGGAGUUUUGUCCAUGGCUGUGGCUCUGAAGCUCUCAAUUCCGGUGGUAGCGAAUUUCUUUUCUUCCGAGAUCCCUUCUCUAUGGAGCUUCAUUCUCUCAUGGCUGGAGCCUCCAUACCUUUAUGUUGUCAUAAACUGCAUCAUUCUCAGCAUCGUAGCUUCCUCUAAGCUCCAGCAAAAGGCCGAAGCUCCUCCACCACCGUCUCCGUUGCCGGGUAUGAUGAUUGUCCCGCCAGUGACGGUUGAGACAGUGAAAAUCAUAGACGGAAACAACGACGUCGUAACCGGAAGAACGGAUUACGCGGCGUACACUGGGGUCGUUUUGACUGGAUACGGUUACGAUCCGACUGAGGCUGCGGCCUCAGCGAAAGUCUCGGCAGCUCAGGUCACGGUAGAGGAGCCUGCUGCAUACGAGCCGCCGCAGCAGCCGACGAGAGCAGUUUUGAAAGAGGUGAGUUCUACCAACUCUGAUCGGGUUGUGAUGAACGGCGGUGAUGAGAUGGUUGUACCGUCGACGUCGUGGAACGGCCUUCAGAGAAAAGAUUCUUCUCAGCUUUGCUUUUCGAAUGAGAACGAGAAACCACCGCUUUCAUCUCGGUUUGGUAACCGGAAAUCUGUCAAAGGCAGUCCCGAAGGUGGUAAGUCGCUUAGAGUAUCGAAACCGCCGAAGAGGCAGGACACACUGGAGAACACUUGGAAGACGAUAACGGAGGGCCGUCCGAUACCUUUGACGAGGCAUCUGAAGAAAUCCGACACGUGGGAUUCGCACGCGCGACGGAGCGGUCAAACGACGUCGGAGUUUUCAUCCCCUCCUCCAGCGCCAAAGAUGAAGAAAUCUGAAACAUUCAGUGACCGAAACUCGUCGAUGACGCAGCUGAGCCCGGCGAGCGGUGGGUCCGGGAAGUUGAGGAAGGAACCGUCGCUGAGUCAGGAUGAUUUGAAUCGGCGAGUGGAAGCGUUCAUUAAGAAGUUUAACGAGGAGAUGAGACUGCAGAGGCAGGAGUCGUUGAAUCAGUACCAAGAGAUGAUCAGUCGUGGGGCCCACUAGACGCCGUUAAAAGAGGCGAGGAGCGUGUUCUCAAUGCCCAUCAUCAUCGAGAUGACCAAGUUGAUCCUCAUCUUGAGAGAUGACCACGUGUCAUGUUUUGAUUCGUUGUUCAUACUUUCUUUUCCAUUCCCCGGAAAAGGAAAAAAAAAGAAUAUAUAUAUGUUUGAUGAUUUGGAAGAACAUAGGGUGUCAGUAUAGUAAUUAACCAAAGUUGUAGAAUGCGAAAAAGACAUAAAUGUAAACGGUAAAGUUUUGAUUUUUUUUUUGUUCAUUUGGUUGUAUAUUUAGCAUAUUGCUAAUUGAUUUUCAUUUUCCCUCUGAACUCGAAAUUAAGUUUUUUUAUUUUUUAUUUAUUGAGAGAUAUGAAUUGUGUGGUUAACAAUGUUGAAAA